UUUUAAGAAGCAAAUACAACUUCUAAAAAGAGCCAGGGAUGACGGGAAUUUGACUCAUCAACUAUGUCCCCAGGCAGAAAUGUGUGGAUUAUGUUCAGUAUAACGGGAUUUUGAGCCUCAGCAUCAAACCUGACAACACACUGAAGACGGACAUCUUUUACAGUGUGGCACGCUCCGUGCCAAAAGCCCCGGCGGUGCGCAGGCAGCCUCCAGAUCACACAGUUGGGUAGAUGUGUAUCACCAGCGUGUGAUCAGGCUGCUGGACUCUGCGGGCUGCUGCCUCCUCAAUCUGACACAUUCUCCUUAAACCGAACAAUGAAAGGUGCUUCAGAGGAGCCGUCGCUCCUCGCGGACUGUGGACUACCUGGAGUGACCUCCAGUGUCAUGUGGGGAUGAUGGGGAUGAAAGUGGUGGUGAUGAUGAUGAUGAUGAUGAAUGCGGCUGUUUUUUUCUGCGGAGACCGCCAACUUUCACCUCUGCUCUUCUUCUUCUUUUGCUUCGUCUUCUUCUUCUCCCGCUUCCCUCUGUGUCUCUAAAGCGCAACAGCAUGCAGAUGUCCCCGAGUGAAGACAAGAUCCCAACAGAGGAGGAGACGAGCCACUGCACAGUCGAGACGUCUGAGGAGUGUUAUGCUCGCCAGGCUCAACGGGUCGUGAGUUCAACUUCAAGCCCUCAGUGCAACAGAGAUGGCCUUUGCUUCUCUGAUGGCCGACGGAAAGUUGACUACGUUCUGGUCUUCCAUCAGCGGCGGCACGGUUCCAUUCGAGCUCCUGCCGGCACCUCACAAGACCGAUUAUCUAUUGUUUCCAAUGGCAACUUUCUCCAGUCGGGGGGCUCGGACGCGGCAGCAGGAAGAGAAGUGAGCAUGCCAGGAGGGGAGGCCGUGAGCGCCGGUGAGGUGUUCAUGGAACUCGGAUUUGCAGGAGGGAACGAGCCAAUGGAGCCGGCUGACCAUGAGAUGCAUCUGAUCAGACAAGAGUUUGAGGCCAACCUGGUGGAGGCUGGCCUGGAAAUCGAGAGAGACAAAGAGUUGAAGGCCCACGGCCCCAGCUUCACUCGUCUCCAUGCGCCCUGGCCGGUACUCUGUCGAGAGGCCGAGUUUCUCAAGAUUAAAGUCCCCACCAAAACGAGUUACGAACUUAAAGAAGAAAGUGGCUUUGGGUCCAGUAUGAGCACAGUGUGGAGGAAAAUGAAUCAACCUUUUCAGCCCAAAGUACCACAUCAGGACCAUGAGAGCACCAAGUUUCUUUCACACUGCUUCUCCAGGGACAAGCUCCACCUGUACAACAUUACAUCAAAAGACACAUUCUUUGACAAUGCCACAAGAGGCCGAAUAGUGUACGAGAUUCUGAGACGAACAGUGUGUGUACGAACCUGUCAAACCAUAGGCAUCAGCACAUUGAUAGCUAAAGGCAUUUACGAUGCUGCCUUCCCUCUCCACGAUGGUGACUACAGGGUCAUCGGACACCUCGAGGAGAGGAAUGACAGACAGGUUCUGCAUGAAGAGUGGGCCAGAUACUCAGCCUUUUACAAGUACCAGCCCAUUGAUCUCGUCAGGAAGUACUUUGGGGAGAAGAUCGGUCUUUACUUCGCAUGGCUCGGUGUUUACACUCAGCUGCUCAUACCAGCCUCCAUCGUGGGGAUCAUUGUGUUUGGCUAUGGGGUGGCGACAGUGGACACUAACAUACCCAGCCUGGAGAUGUGUGACGAGCGUCUGAAUUUCACCAUGUGUCCUCUGUGUGACGGAGCCUGUGACUUCUGGCAGCUCAGCACCGCCUGCGGCACUGCCAGAGCUUCACACCUCUUCGACAACCCCGCCACCGUCUUCUUCGCCAUUUUCAUGUCUCUGUGGGCGGUGCUGUUCCUGGAGCACUGGAAGCGUCGACAGAUCAGUUUGAGCUUCAGCUGGGAUCUGACAGGCAUUGAGGAAGACGAGGAACAUCCCAGGCCAAGAUACGAGACCAUCCUCCUUCAGAAGAGACAGAGGAAGCAGAAAAAUAAGAAAAAGAAGAAAAAGAAUGAGCCAGAGAAGCAGGAGGACGGGACAGUGACAGGGAAGGACAGAUGGAGACAAAAACUACUGUCUGCCAUGGCUGCAGGAAUACCGACUGCCAUAGACAAAUUGACCUGGAAAGACCGUCUUCCUGGAUACUUCAUCAACGUUUCCUCUAUCCUCUUCAUGUUUGGGCUGACGUUUUCAGCAGUCUUCGGGGUCAUUGUCUACCGAAUCACAGUGUCGGCCCUGAUGGCAAUGAGCCCCGACCCGGAGACCAAGUCCAACGUUCGGGUGACAGUGACGGCCACUGCGGUCAUCAUUAACUUAGUGGUUAUUCUGAUCCUUGAUGAAAUCUACGGAGCUGUGGCAGUGUGGCUGACCGAGCUAGAGAUUCCCAAAACGGAAACCAACUUUGAGGAGCGACUCAUCCUCAAAGCCUUCCUGCUCAAGUUUAUGAACGCAUAUGCUCCCAUCUUUUAUGUGGCUUUCUUCAAGGGCCGGUUUGCAGGUCGACCCGGAAAUUAUGUGUAUGUCUUUAACGAUUAUCGGAUGGAGGAGUGCGCUCCAGGAGGCUGCCUCAUUGAGCUGUGCAUUCAGCUCAGCAUCAUCAUGCUGGGGAAACAGCUAAUCCAGAAUAACAUCUUUGAAAUCGGCAUCCCGAAGUUGAAGAAGCUGGUGCGAGCACUGAAGGCUAAAGGAUCAGCAGAGAAGGAGAGGGAGGAGGAGAGGCCUCCACAGCAGUGGAACCUGGACUACGCCCUGGCUGCCUUUGAAGGCCUCACACCUGAGUACAUGGAGAUGAUCAUCCAGUUUGGGUUCGUCUCUCUGUUCGUGGCUUCGUUCCCGCUCGCUCCUCUCUUCGCCCUCCUCAACAACGUCAUCGAGAUCAGACUGGACGCCAAGAAGUUUGUUACAGAGCUACGCAGGCCAGUAGCCGUACGAGCUAAAGACAUUGGUAUAUGGUACAACAUACUGAGUGGAAUGGGAAAAUUCUCAGUCAUUAUAAAUGCCUUCGUGAUCUCCUUCACAUCAGACUUCAUCCCUCGGCUCGUCUACCAAUACAUGUACAGUCAGACUGGCACCAUGCACGGCUUCAUCGACCACACACUGUCCUACUUCAAUGUGUCCAAUUUUAAGCCCGGCACGGCACCGCAGAGCUCCGGAGACAUCCCCGUCUGCCGGUACAAAGACUACAGGGAACCCCCUUGGUCUCAAGAUGCAUACCAGUUCUCCAAACAGUACUGGUGUGUCCUGGCUGCAAGACUGGCUUUCGUCAUACUGUUCCAGAACCUGGUGAUGUUCCUCAGCCUUGUGGUUGCCUGGGUGAUCCCUGAUGUCCCCAAAACCAUCAUGGAGCAGCUCAAACGGGAAAAGAAGCUUCUGGUUGACGUCUUCUUAAGGGAAGAGAAGGAAAAAUUCCAGCUCAUCCAGAGCCUCUUCGCCAAGGACACCACCCCCCAGCCAGGCAGCCAAGUGCCCCAUCCAGGACAGGGCAUCCCCCUUCCAGGCCGCUACAGUACUCUACCCCCAGGCCCCACACAGGCCUCGACUGAAGAUGGAGGAGGAGGGCCGAGGGUGAGAUGUAGGGCCGCCAGCUUCAGCCAGUUCACCAGGAAGAAUACCCCGUUACCUAGGAAUGAAAAUGAAAAUUCAAGACACACGGCAGUGUGACAUCACACACACGUGUGUAUGGGUGCCUCAGCUGGGCCUCAGGACUGUGUUGCUCGGGUGAUUCAGUCCAUAUAUUCUUUGUCUGUGUCUCUUGUAUCCUGGUGUGUGUGACACAGUACAGCUGUGAUUGAAAACAUCACAGCCUAAUUUCGAACAUGACAUCUGAUUCAUUGGUCUCAGUGUGAUUGAAUGUGCAAUGUUACAUUGGUUGAAUGGGUGUGUAUGUUGUUCGUAUUCGCACUGACUGUUCACCUGAUAAAGUGUUAUAAUUUUUACUUUUUGGUAAAAAUAAAUUAUUUAGCGAGGCACACUAGCUUCAUAGCGUAGACAAGCAAUAAUUACUGUAUUAGGCUGAACAAACGAAUAUUACAAGAACCUGGAAGACUGGAGAUAAAGACAACUAUGGACUAAUAAACAGAUUCACUAAUGAACACUUAAAUGGAUUGAUGGACAUUGUGGUUCACUACUAGUGCUGGAGACUGUCAGAAGUUUCCUGCUUAUGUGCUUAUGCUUUUUAUGUUUUUUGUUUUUAACAGAAUUUGUAGCAGCUCCAAUGUUUCCACACCUUUCAAUGCUCAAAGCACAUCAGCCUCAUAGAAGAGCAAAUCUUUCUUCUUUUUUACAGCAUUUACUGUGUUCAAGCUUAUUCUUCAUAGAAUUCAGGAAUCACUUUGAAUCAUUUUCACACUUUACUAAAAUUGAAUUGUCGGUCUACACACAGCUGCUGCUCAUUGUUUCUCUACAACCCACCCCACGUAUUGAUGGAUGGUUGCACAUCCCAAUGUGGCACAUUGUUGAAUGCCACGCAGAUUCCACUCCAAGUUAUAGUUUUAGAAUCAGAUGAACUGUGAAGCAUUUUUCUUGUCAGCCAUAUGCAUUUAUUCAGCUGUCUGUAGAACGAUCUAAUGACUACACUUAAUGAGCUUUGAAUGCAAAGAGAAAGUCGACUCUUUUGCAAACUGUGAAUGUGAGCGAGGUACAAAUGAUCUGUUUUUAUUAUCAAGGGAACAAAUACUUCACUAAAUCUACUACCAAGAUAGAAGAGCUUGCAUAAAAAAAGUUAAUGGUGUCAUCUUCUGGCAGCCAUAUUGGAGAUUUGUUUAGAUACAUAAACUGUAAACAUUUUGUAAUUGGGCUGUGUGACUGAACCAGUCAUUUUAACACUGAUACAUCUGAUUGAUUUUAUGUUUAGAUCAUUCAGCUUAUUAGCUAGCUAACAUACUAUUUGGUCUAACUAUUGCUGUAUACUGUAGUAACUUGUUAGCAUACUACUUAAAUUAGUUUUUGCAUGUUAAAGUCAAACUGAAAUUUGAAUUUUUCUCGCGUUUUCAGUAUGGAAAUAUAAGCUAUGACAUUUGGGAGACUGGACUAGGAGACAUGUUGUCAACUUCUGUGAUAUAGUACGUAUUGGUCAUAGUCACAGUCAUAGCCCUGUUGUCCGCAAACAUUAAUAGCCUACAAUGGUGGGUAUGAAAUCACUCACUAUUUUCUAAAAGGUGCGCCCGUAUGGCAUUUUAUUUCAGUGUCCGAACUCUGAUCACAAAAACAGAAGUGUCGAAGACAUAUACACUCCUCUGCAAACAGUCUCACAAUAAAAUGCUCCACAUUUUAUAGAUGCAAAAUUACUUUUGCCCAACUCAACAGCUGACAGUGAUGAUACAAAAUGUAGACAAUAAUUGAACGAGGUAUUUGUUAAGUUUGCUAUUGCUACAUAGCCAGUGUUAGCAUUAAUAUCUGUUUACUUACCAGUCGAGAAGAAACAUUGCAAAUCCAGCAUCAAAAUGAAUUCCUUUACUCACCAACAGCUGUCUCCAAUGGUGGAAAUUAACACCAAUAAUAACUCUUGUCUCUAUCAUCUCUUUUAUUCUACUGAAGUUAGCACGCCAACGAGCUAGCCCCGGCCCGUCUCGUCACUUUCCGAUAGCAACUCACUGUAGCCUCAAAUCUGCACUAAAGAAAAAGGGCAUAUUAUAACCUCUCAUAAACGCAAUGAUGGCUGAAGCUCUUUUCAAGCGACAAUCACCAACACCCGCUCAUGGCAAGUCGAUAAUUGCAGUCAUUGUGGCAUGUCCAGGUUAAACUCUUUGUAAAACAUGAACAGAUACAUAAAUGAUAGAAUCUUUCUUUCAUCAUCUAAUCUGAUCGUCAUCAUAAAAAAAUGUUAUACUGAAAUAAAUAACACUCCCUGCACUAGUUGUGCUAACACUAUCACAGCCCCUCCUUAUUAAAGCCAUCCAUACUGUGCACAUUGCCUUUUUACUGGUGGGACUUCCUGUGUAAGCUACUGUUUUAGAGUGGCGAAGAAGAAUUGAUUGAGGGGAAAACUGACAUUUUAUCUGGGUGUGAAAGGUUACUAAUAAAUUACAUAGACUCACGCACUUGCCAAUACUUGAUACCGCAUUGUUGGCAAUUUCGUAGGCAUUUCUCUCACUAGUAUCAGUAUUGGAACAACUCAAAUCUUGGCAGAAAAAUUAAUAAAACUCAAAUUUUGUUGGUAAUUACAUUUUUGAGCAAAAGUAUUCAAGUCAAAACAAACACCAAGGAUAACUCUAUGCUCAUUUCUUAGCAAAAAUGAAUUUUAAUUUCGGUUCAACUGUAAUGAUGGACGUGUGAAACGAUCUGGUCAUGGUGUGGAAGAGUCAGUUCUGCUGCCAAUAUGUCUUUUUGGCUGAGGUAUGCAAACUCAGAGAUGAAUGGGCGCCAUCUUGGAACACCACAUCCAGUUCUUGUUGACGUUAACUUGCCGACAUGCUGUAAACCUUCAGUGCUGUUUCAGAGGCCCUGUGACUGCUCUUGUGUUUCCUGUACAACACAACAUUUGUCUGCUCAGUUGAGACUCUGUGACAGACUGUUAACUUAAAUGUAUUCACAUGGAAGGACAUUGUGAUAGUUGAGUUUCCUGGUUUCUGUCAUAAGAGAAAUGUUCAUCUUUACCUUACCCAUACUUUACCUAAUACAUGAUUGUUGAUAGAUCAUGAAAUGAUUUUUACAUGUUGUGUUAUCUGUUUGCUUUCAUCUCAUUGGUUUGUUCUUUUUUAAAUUUAUUUAUUCAUUUUUUGGCCCUUUUUGACAAGGUGGUCCUAGAGAGAUUGCCUGGCCAAAAGAAAAAUACUCCGAAAGUAAACUCACGAGGCUGAAGCAGGUUUCUGUGCUUGCUAGAACGUGGCACUGCGACCAGUUAACCUCAAUAUAUUCAGAUAAACCUACAUGUACAGACAAUGAAAUGUUUAUUGAUAAUUUUCUCAGGUACCUGUUUCCUCUUGUAGGCCCCUCUACUUGUAGAUUCCCAUAUUGUUUGGCAAGAGAUGAGGAAGGGAAAACUGUGUCAGGGCUUGGUUGGUAACCGGUACGUCACACAUGCGAAGACAGUAGCUAGUUAAGAGAUGAGUGAUGACAAAAUCUUCCAUUGUCUUUCCCCCCGCCCUUUCAGCUUUCCAACUGGUUGUCCCACUACAGAAGAAAUACAAAAGUAAGGGGUCUGUUAAAAAUGUAAUAUCUACUAAAAUGUAUUUUUGUAAAAUUAUUCUGUCAGUCCCAUUGUAACUGAAGAAAACUCAUAAAACAGAAAUAAAAGCAAGAGAAAAAGUGAGUCCACAAACACAACAUUUAGAUGCUCAUGUUACGCUGCACCAAAUGUGCAAGCAGUGACGACAUUGGUACAUCAGAGCUCUGUUUCUGAAGGCAACUCUGCCACGUAGUGCUCGAAAGUGUCCUUGCAAGUUUUAGACCAACACAGGUCUUAUUUCCCCUCCCGGUGCCCACGUUGUUUGAAAAAUAACCCAUCUGAGCACCCAUGGGUCGUUGGUCUUAAAAGGAGGUGUGGUGUGGCAUUGGCACGAUUGACCACCCAACCUGGUCUUAAGUGUCUUAAGAAGAACAUUCUUUGUGACAUGCCUGUACAUGGGGCAUGAGGCUCUGCAGAGAAUCGUUCUUUCUUACUACCUGGUGCAUCUUCCGCAGUAUUUCCCAUCCAUCACCUACAUUUGUCACCACAGUUUCAUCACGAACCGAAGAUUUAUACACUUCACUUCACUGUAGAGCUGUGCAGAGCCCGUUGAUUCACUCAGCCCUUCCCUGCCCUUCAGUGUGCACAGAGCUGCUGCGUUCAUGGCAGGACUGGACCCACAGGUUGGUCACAACAUGUGAUCAACCUGUCACGAUUAGAAUCCAACUGUGUUUGAGACACUGCACCAUUGUAAUAUCAAUGCGCCAAGGUGCAAGCGCGCCUUACUUUUAAAGGGAAUGGGAGAUGGCACUGUGAUUGGUUUAUUGGCUGUUACGCCCAAAACACUCCCAUGAUUGAUUAAGAGACUAAGUAAAACCCUUUUGAACCACACACCUGGCAGCAGCGACCGUUUUUUUCCCACAGUUAAAAUAGUAAAAGUGACGUGGACACGCCCUAAAUGCACUUUGCGCCACACGCUUCAGACCGUGCGCUUUGGAUUGUUAAAACAGACCCCGAAACAUCUCAUCUCUCGUUUGAGCCUCUGACCACCCACACACAGUUUUAAGCUGGUUUAUAACUAUUGGUUUAUCAUUCCUACAUAUGUGAUAAUGUUCUGGUCUGCUCACUGUUGGUUUGAGUUAAACCUCUCUCAUAUGAAGCGAUGAACAAACUCACAGCUUUUCCCCCAAACAGCAGGUGAAUUCAUCCAUUUCUUUUAAACAACUACCUCUCACUGGCAUUUUUGCAGCUUUAAACAGGUUAUCAGUAUUGUGCAGUAUUCCUUCCUUUUUUCUGUUUUUUAAUUGUAGAAUCACAUUUUCCUCUUUCAUUGAUUAUAACAAAUAGUGGGACAGCAGCAAUGUUUAGUUAGUUUUCUGUAUCCAAACUAAAACCAUGAACGGAGUCGUGCCACAGGUGAAGGUUCAAGACGGAGGCAAACUGCUGGUUUUACCCUGAUGGAAAAUAUGGAUAAGAAACUUAAUGAGUGAAGUGAGUUGCUGAAAAAACAGCAUGUAUUUUCAAUGGAAAUAAAGUGACUUCCUGAGUUUGAAAAAAGUGGACACAUGUAGGUAGAAGCUAUAGCAAAAGCAAUAUGUAAAACUCUGGACAUUCUUUUGUGUCAUAUGAUGUACUGUGAAAAUCCAUCAUCUCUUAGUAAAUGAGUGUAUGUCAUGUUGUACACUUUA